AUGGCACAGGGAACCCACGAGAAACCAAACCGGCCAGUAGCCGUAAAGAAUGUUGCUACACGGCUUGUGAAAACUGAACCCACAAAGACUUGUAAGUUAUUCCGAAAGUUCAUGGAACUCGCGAGGCGAGAACUCUGGACAAAGGAAGACCCGGGUCAUAGUGUCGAUUGGAAAGACGACCGGGUAUGGGGGAAGAUCCAAAAGGAGGGCCGUUUCUACCAGGCAGAUGAAAUGCUUGUCAGCUGUGGAACAGUCACAGUUGACCAGGCGGAUUCGACACGGCCCAUGGUAUUGGUAGUCUAUAACAAGAACAUCGGCAUAUAUCAAUUACCUAAGGGGCGCAAGAAUUUCGACGAGGGAAACCUCGAAGCAGCCCUGCGCGAGACAUCCGAAGAGACCGGAGUUGCCGUUCAACCAUUGCGGCUUAGAUUUGGGUCCAGAUCGACGCCACCGAGGCUGGCCCCGGUCGAGACCACCACCCGAGUAACCAAAUAUGGUCUCGAGGAUAAGCUCACGGGUAUUACAGAGGCCCUCUGCAGUGAGGCCGUUGGUGGUAACCCCGAUCCCGCUACCGGUGCCUGGAGGCAUAUCUACUGGUAUGCGGCGAAGCCCCUGGGGGAUACUAAACGCGACGAGAGUCGUAUGACGGAAGAAGAGGAUCGAAAUAAGUUUUCGACUUUCUGGUUUCCCGAAACGGAGGCAAUUGCUCGACUCAAGUUACAAGAUGAACAGUACAUGGUCCGACUUGUAUUCGCAACCAUCCGCAAAAUGACUGCAAGCGACUGGGCGAGCAGCCACGAACAAGAAGGAUGGCAAAAGAAAUAA